CAGUUCCUCCUCCUCUCCUGCAGGGGGCAUCAUUUUCUCUGCGGCAGGAAACCGGCCGCUGCCUUUAGAAAUCCAAGAUGUCUGCGCCCUGAAGGAUGCUGCUAACAGCGUGAAGUUACAGGACAAGUGACAGUGGAUGGAUUCUCAGUUGACUUGGAGGCAGAUUUAAGGAUUUUGAGACAGCAGGAUGUCAAAGAUCUCUAAGGCAGCUAAGGCUGUGAAGAAAGUGGAUGCAGGCAGUUUAAUCCGGGCUAUCGUGAGGUCAGGACAAGCGGCCCCUGGACCCCCACUCGGCCCCGUCCUCGGACAGAGAGGAAUCCCCAUUGGGCAGUUCUGCAAGGAGUUCAAUGAGAGAACCAAGGAGAUGAAGGAGGGCAUCCCGCUCCCCAUCAGGAUCAACGUGAAGCCUGACCGAACGUAUGAGCUUCGGAUCGGCAGGCCCACGGUGUCGUACUUCCUGAAGCAGGCUGCGGGGAUUGAGAAAGGCGCCGGACAGACGGGCCACGAGACAGCGGGGAUGGUGUCGGUGAGGGCGGUGUACGAGAUUGCGCAGGUGAAGGCCGAGGAUGAUUGCUUCAAAAUGAGGAACACCUCAUUACAGACGGUCGUCAAGCGCAUCAUCGGCUCGGCUCGUUCGCUGGGCAUCCAGAUCGUCAACGACCUUUCAGCUGAUGAGUACAAACUCUUCUUGGCACAGAGGGAGGAGAAGUUGAAGGCGGACGCAGCAGCCGCCGCCGAUGCAGUUGCGCUGGGCAAAAAAUAAAUAAAGACCUGCGCCAUUUUUAACAUGGCCCUCCCCCAUUCCCAUUUGUAUUGACUCUAUACUGCAUUCAUACAAAAACUCUGUUCACGUUGUGUGUCUGAAUAAACAGUACGUUGUUAUGUGA